AUGCAGAUUUCGCUCCUGAAGUACGAUAUCGACUGGCCGGAAGCCUUCGAGGGGAAAUCCAAGGAGGAUGAGGCAGGCGCGAUCCAGCCGAACAAGGAUGACGAGGGGGAGGAUGAGGGGGAAGAGGAGGAAGUGGACGAUGAUCAGGAGCUCGUGGAGGAGGAGGAAGAUGAGGAUAACCCCUUCCUGUCGGACGACGAGGAUGUGGAGGAGACUUACCAUAUUGACAAGCCCGUGCACUAA